AUGGGUGGAAGAACAAAAACGGCAGAAGAAAACAGACAUAUUCCCAUAGAUUUACUAACAGAGAAUAUUCUGCCAUGGAUUCCAGUGCUUCACCUGUUCAAAAACUUCAGGCAUGUUUCCAAAGAAUUGCUCCAAUUGAUUUCCAGCCCCAAAUUCAUUCCGAUUCAUCUGAAGAAGUCACACGAACGCAGCAAAUCAGGAAGCCGAUUCCUCAUCACAUUGCCCGACGGAGUCGUGGAUUACGAUGGCGGCGCCACCACCAAAAUCCCUUACCCGCCUGGCUUUUCCGGCUGUUGCUCAACAAUCCUCGGCUCGUGCGACGGCUUGAUAUGUUUGGUGGACAAAGACAUCAAAAAGGUUUCGGUGUUCAAUCCGUCAACGAGAGAGUACCAAAAACGCGAAGCGAAGAGAUUUCUAUGGCUGUCGUGGUUUAAGAAGGUAAGCUGGUUCGGCCGCCACCCCUGUACUGGGGAAUACGUUCUGGUUGUGGGUUCGGAAAUACGGCCUCAAGGGGGGUUCAUCGUCGUCGUGUACAAGUUCAGUUCGCCGGAUUCUUGCUUCUUUCAACAGCGAGGCUGGCGUGGUUUCAUAUUUUUCGAUGCAAUCGGAACCCUCUUGCAUGGAGUUCUUCAUUGGCCGGCAUAUAUCGAAAACAGGGCCCACCACGUAGUUUUCGCGUACGAUUUUCGUAGGAACGAAAUCAUGGAAAUUCCUGCACCGGGUGAGUUUCCGUUUACGUUGGGAGUUGCGGGCGAGUGCUUGUUUGCGAUUUUUAGGAAUGCAGAUAAGGUGUUUGAGUUGUGGACUAUGAGAGAAUAUGGGGUGGAUGGAUCUUGGACUAAAUACGCAAACAUCGAGGGAUUCGAUUGCAAUUUUCAACUCUUGGUGCCUUUAGGAUUUUCUUCAAAUGGCAAUGAUCUCAUUGUGGAUGCUGAUGGGAUGUUCUUGAGCAAGUAUAGUUUCAGGGAUAAGGCGAUUACUGUUCUUGAAACCGAGAGAUUAAUUCCGGAAGAUUCCACGAGAAAAGUGGUUCGUAGUGUUACUGCGACUGAGGCUCACAAGUUUGACAAGUUAGAAAAUUGUAAAACAUUUGCGUUUGCUGAUAGUUUCGUCUCUCCACACCUAAUGUAUAAUUGA